AUGAGACCCGAGGCGGCAGCCGGAGCCCCGGAGGCUCGGGGACGCCUCUGCCACUGUCCCGGGGAUGAUCCCGGGAGGCCACCGCUGCCGCGUGGGCCCGAAAGUUCCGUCCCAGCUCUGUGGAGACCGUGGAUGCCGCUUCCUGCAGAUGCCGAGCUGACCAGAACUGGAAGCCCGUGUGAGCCUUGUGGGACCCAACAGACUGUAGGAUCAAAGGGAGCCUUUGGGUUCCAGCACCCUGUCAGACUUUACUUACCCCUUUCAAAGCGUCAAGAAUACCUGCAGAGUUCUGGGGAAAAAGUUCUGGCCAGCUUCCCAGUGCAAGCCACCAUUCAUUUCUACAACGAUGAAUCUGAGUCAGACUCUGAGGAGGAAGAAGAGGAGGCCCAGCCCAGCCAUCUUCAGAGCCGGGAGGCAGAAGGACAGGGCAGUGGUCCCGGGGGAAAGGGCAGAGCAGGGCUGACAAGCCUGUCGGAGGAAGGGUGGCUCCGGGGUAAGGGUCAGCUGCGUGCAGAGGGCAGUGAGCGCUCCAGCGAAUGAAGUGAGUCUCUCCCGUGCUGGUUCCCUGUCCUGGGGACAGCCUUGCCAGGACUCGGCCUCUUG